UAUAAAUUAACUAAAUUUACUUAAUAAACCUUCUAGAAAAUGCCAAGCUAUGGAGACCCCAAGUACUGGGACAAGAGAUACAAGGACCAGGAAGAUACUACCUUUGACUGGCUGGAGGACUGGAAUUCUUUGAAAGAAAUCCUUGAACAGGUCGUGAAGAAGGACUCUAGGAUCUUGAUUCUGGGAUGAGGUAAUGCAGAGUUUAGCGAGGAGAUGUAUGAUGCUGGCUAUGAGGAUAUUGAGAAUAUUGACAUCUCCCCAGUUGUAAUUGACCAGAUGAGCAAAAGAAAUCAAGACCGCUCCAAAAUGAAGUGGGAGAUCAUGGACUGCACAGAGCUCAAGUACGAAAGCGACACAUUCGACAUCUGCAUUGAUAAGAGCACAAUUGACGCCCUUCUCUGAGGAGAUAACGCCUUUUUGAACGUCGCUACUAUGACAAAGGAGGUUCAAAGAGUCCUCAAGCCUGGAGCCAUCUAUUUCGUAGUUUCCUACGGAAGCCCAGAAAUCCGUACAUUUCAUUUCGAAAGAGCCCAUCUUGAUUUCGAGGUGAAGCAAUAUAUAUUAUAUCCAGAUAAUUGAAAAUCAGAGGAGGAAAAGAAUGACAAGAGCCAUUUCGUGUACGUCUGUACUAAAGGAAAGAACGCAGAAAGAGCCCAAGACAACUGGCCUCAAAUAAAAGAACAGCUAGAGCAAGAAGCAAAGGAAGAGGAGGCCCUUGCAGUUUCAGAUGACUCUGACGACCAAAAUUCUGACAACGAGGGUAAAUAGUAGAUUCUUUUAAAUAUUUUCAAUAUGUUUUACCCAUUUGG